CCUUACCCCGCCACCCAGGUCCAUUGUUCAGUGCACAACAAACUUGAGUGUGGUCACCCCAUGCUCAAACCUCGAAAAAAAAAACAGUUAAAAACCGGCAAAUGCGUAAAUAUCAAUCGACUGAUUUUCCAUCGAUUGCAUGAGAAGGACCUUGAGUUUGACCAUAACUCCUCAUAAAUCGGUUAUUCGCGGUGACGUUCGAGAUGGAGGAAGUCUCCUCAUGAUUAUUCGUACCAUAAUAUCGCCAUUUUUUUGGCAUUCUGGUGAAAUUGUCAACACGAUCUUUGCCACUACCCUGGGAAUGAAUUAAAGAAUUGAACACUGUGAGCCUUCAAGGACUUACGCCCUGCUCUUUUUGAAUAGUUUAUCAAGUGGUGGGUGUGUGUGAGUGACUGUGAGGGAAAGAGGAACUAUCAAACCGGCACUGGAAAACUUUCAUAUCCGAGUCUAAGAGUCAUUUGUUAAUUGGCGAUGGUCGUCGCACAUUUGUUGGUUGUUGCCCCAACAGGAUAGGAUUUGUGGAGUGCAUGUGGUGUCAGGUCAUAUGUCGUGGAUUCUGUAGAGGGAUUCAAGCUGGUGGAUAUCGAUGGCUGCACACAAGACAGGUGGGCAGAAUGCCCGGAAGAAAGUUCAGGUAUCGAUGGUUAUUCGCGAUGAAGUCGAGAGAAGACACCGUGCCGGGGUGAACUCCCUCCAGUACGACCCAGUCCUGCACCGGCUCUACUCAGCUGGUAGAGAUAGUAUUAUUAGAAUAUGGAAUUGCAAAAAUAUGAAGGAGCCGUUCAAUCAGUCGAUGGAGCACCACACGGAUUGGGUUAACGAUAUUGUUUUGUGCUGUGGAGGAAAGAACCUCAUAUCGGCUAGCUCAGACACCACGGUGAAGGUGUGGAACGCCCACAAGGGCUUCUGCAUGUCCACGCUGAGAACUCACAAGGAUUAUGUCAAGGCUCUUGCUUAUGCCAAAGAAAAAGAGCAAGUGGCCAGUGCUGGAUUGGACAGACAAAUCUUCCUCUGGGAUGUCAAUACCCUGACAGCUUUGACAGCCAGCAAUAAUACUGUGACGACUUCCUCGUUAGCCGGAAACAAAGACUCCAUAUACAGUCUAGCCAUGAAUCCUCCGGGGACGGUGAUCAUCAGUGGUAGUACAGAAAAGGUGUUGAGGGUGUGGGAUCCCAGAACGUGCAACAAAUUGAUGAAACUUCGUGGUCAUGCUGACAACAUUAAAGCCCUUGUUCUGAAUCGUGAUGGGAGCCAGUGCCUGUCGGCGAGCUCCGAUGGUACAAUAAAAUUGUGGUCAUUGGCACAGCAAAUGUGCGUACAGACAUUCAGAGUACACACUGAGGGGGUCUGGGCAUUGCUUGCCACAGACACAUUCAGUCAUGUCAUAUCAGGGGGACGGGACAAGAAGGUCAUAAUGACGGAACUGAGGAAUCCUGACAGGUACACUGUCAUCUGCGAGGAGAGGGCACCUGUUCUCAAGAUGGUUAUGACACCUGAUCAGUCCAGCAUCUGGGUUGCCACCAGUGAAUCCACUAUUAACAAUUGGUUGAUAAAUCAAAAGGACUGGCAGUGCGGUGACUACUGCGUUGACGCAGCAAGUGUUGGCCCAGGGGGAAUGGUCCCUCGCAGUACAGAACCUGUGCAGAGAAUACUCGGUGGUCCAGCAAUAAGACAUCACGUAAUUCUAAACGACAGGAGGUAUGUCCUCACGAAAGACACCGAGGAGAAUGUCGCCCUCUACGACGUUCUUAAGGCCUGCAAAGUCGAGGAUCUCGGACGAGUGGAUUUCGAUCAGGAAGUGAAGAAGAGAAACAAAAUGGUGUACAUUCCCAGCUGGUUUAAUGUCGAUUUAAAAACUGGAAUGCUGACCAUUCAUCUCGCACAAGACGAGAACGACUGCUUCUCGGCGUGGGUUUCAGCACGUGAUACUGGAAUUACUGACAAUGAUAGUGUCGAUCAAAAAGUCAAUUACGGUAAUUUACUGUUACAAGCACUACUCGAGCACUGGUGGAAGCCCAUUCACGCGGAUGAGGAGAACGAGGCGAACAGUAAUGAUGGAACGGGACAGGCACAUUCGAGGGAUGGAAAUUCUUAUUUCUCGGUGCCAGGACAUACGCCUGUAAUUUUCAGUGAAGUCGGUGGCAAGACCCUGUACAGAUUGCUGGUGCGAGACGCUGCUGGGGAGACAGAAAGAGCCCUUCUGAACGAGACAGUUCCCUCAUGGGUAGUUGACAUCGUCGUAGACAAAAAUUUGCCUAAAUUUAUAAAAAUUCCAUUUCACCUGUCGCCCCAUCCGUCUUGCGGCUUCAAAAAUUGUAAAAAGGAUCGAUUGAUUGCCAACGACUUCAUUCAAGUUCGCAAAGUUGUUGAGCAUGUUUAUGACAAAGUUCUGGGGGCAGGGAGUGACUCUGGCUCAGUGGCUGGCGGUGGAAACACUGUGUCCGGUGGUUCACCAGCUGGAGAUCGUGCCAAUACUGAUUCCAAUGCUGAUAAUUCAUCGCUUGCUGAAGAAAAGGUGGAACUACUCUGCAAUGAUCAAGUGUUGGAUCCUUCGAUGGAUUUACGAACGGUCAAGCAUUUCAUUUGGAAAAAUUCGGCAGAUCUCACACUCUACUAUCGUUCAGCCAAAUAGUUAGGAUGUGGCGUAACAAGCAAUGGUCCUCUGAAGUGUGCCUGGUUCUGUGCCGUGGCGAAGUGAUAAAAAAAAAGACGUGAAGAAUAAACGAGAUUGAACGUGAGUAAUUGGACGAUGAGUAUCGUCCUCAGUACGCCUCAAUGUUGCCAAAAAAAAUCUACAAAA